UCCAAACCACCUGUAGCAGGCAGCAGCGACUACACCCCGGAGGACACCGCGUCGUCACAGCACUGUCAGAUUCACAAGGGACUUCAUAACCGGCUGGUCCUUCGAACCGUUUUUACAAAGUCACACAGGAGACCUGAAACAUGUUUCUCAGUUAUCUGCCUGUCGUGUUUCUCCUGGCCAGAGGAAUGACAAUGGAUCUCAGCACUGAUGCGACAUCCACUACUCCAGCAACUUCAACCGGAAGUUUUACUAGUAACAGCAUAACUACGAUCACAAACACUAGCAAUGACACAACUACUACCGCACUAAUCACUAGCAACGACACACCCAUCACACACACCAGCAACGACACAACUACAAGUACACCCAUCACACACACCAGCAACGACACAACUACAAGUACACCCAUCACACACACCAGCAACGACACAACUACAAGUACACCCAUCACACACACCGGCAACGACACAACUACAAGUACACCCAUCACACACACCAGCAACGACACAACUACAAGUACACCCAUCACACACACCAGCAACGACACAACUACAAGUACACCCAUCACACACACCAGCAACGACACAACUACAAGUACACCCAUCACACACACCAGCAACGACACAACUACAAGUACACCCAUCACACACACCAGCAACGACACAACUACAAGUACACCCAUCACACACACCAGCAACGACACAACUACAAGUACACCCAUCACACACACAAGCAACGACACAACUACAAGUACACCCAUCACACACACCGGCAACGACACACACACCAGCAACGACACAACUACAAGUACACCCAUCACACACACCAGCAACGACACAACUACAAGUACACCCAUCACACACACAAGCAACGACACAACUACAAGUACACCCAUCACACACACCAGCAACGACACAACUACAAGUACACCCAUCACACACACCAGCAACGACACAACUACAAGUACACCCAUCACACACACCAGCAACGACACAACUACAAGUACACCCAUCACACACACCGGCAACGACACAACUACAAGUACACCCAUCACACACACCGGCAACGACACAACUACAAGUACACCCAUCACACACACCAGCAACGACACAACUACAAGUACACCCAUCACACACACCAGCAACGACACAACUACAAGUACACCCAUCACACACACCGGCAACGACACACACACCAGCAACGACACAACUACAAGUACACCCAUCACACACACCAGCAACGACACAACUACAAGUACACCCGUCACACACACCAGCAACGACACAACUACAAGUACACUCGUCACACACACAAGCAACAACACAACUACAAGUACACCCAUCACACACACCAGCAACGACACAACUACAAGUACACCCAUCACACACACCAGCAACGACACAACUACAAGUACACUCGUCACACACACCGGCAACGACACAACUACAAGUACACCCAUCACACACACCAGCAACGACACAACUACAAGUACACUCGUCACACACACCGGCAACGACACAACUACAAGUACACCCAUCACACACACCGGCAACGACACAACUACAAGUACACCCAUCACACACACCGGCAACGACACAACUACAAGUACACCCAUCACACACACCAGCAACGACACAACUACAAGUACACCCAUCACACACACCGGCAACGACACAACUACAAGUACACCCAUCACACACACCAGCAACAACACAACUACAAGUACACUUGUCACACACACAAGCAACAACACAACUACAAGUACACCGACUGCUCAGACCAACAACAGCUCAACUUCGACUAAAGCCACGACACAGCCAGGCAACUUCACAACAACUCCAACUCCAGCGACCACACAAACCAGCCACGGCACAGCAAAUACAAGUACAGUAACUUCAGAAAUCUCUACAGCUGUACUAACUACAACUACACUAACAAACCCUACUAAUACCUCGCCUGAGACUCCUGCAUCCACCACCACACCCUUGUCCACUGUCACCUCCAUCUCCACCUCCAGCUCUAUCCCUGAAAACACCUCCCCAGGCAGUAGCCCCGCACCCCACACUGGAAAUACCACCACCCUUAGUCCCUCAACAACAACAUCAGGAGAAACCACAAAUUUUAAUUCUUCAACUGAACCAGCUAGUGUCAGUACACAAGCUUCAACGACCAUUAGUGCUGGCACCACCAGCACUGUCACCACCCUGCGACCAACAGACAUCACCACCAACAACUCCACCACAGCAGCCCCGCCCAUCCCUACCCAGAGUCCAGUCAUAGUGUGUCCGGCUGUCCCGUGCCCACCUGAAAGCGUCUGUCUUAAUGGCACCUGCCAGUGUAUAUCUGGCAGCUUCCUGCUAAAUGGCCGCUGUACACCUGCCCAAGUGUUCCCAGGCCAACUUCAUCUCACCUCCUUGACAUUUGUAAAAGAAAUGAGCAACAGGUCCUCCAAAAUAUUCCAGGACACAGCGGCUAAUAUCUCAGCAUCGCUCAGACUUGCCCUUGGAAAUCUGCCAGGGUAUAAACAGUCUGAUGUUGUGCAACUUGAGCCAGGAAGUGUGCAAGCAACUGUAAAUAACAUCUUUCAAAACACCAACACCACUAAAGAGUCUAUUGAUCAGUCCAUUCAAACGGCUAUAGCAAGUGGAUUGUUGGUUAAUGCCACAUUUACAAGUACAAACCUGUGUGAACAGAACCCUCCACCUUGUGAGGGCUCCACUACAACGUGCGUUAGUAUAAAAGGCCUGGCUACUUGUUCCUGUAAAGAGGGCUACUACUCCAACAUUUACUCAAACACUAGCUGCAAAGCGUGUCCAAGUGGGCAGAGGGCAGUAGAAAACUCUACUCCCCCGUGUCAACCAUGUGCAUUCGGAUAUGGUGGCUUCAACUGCAAUGAUUCAUCUCUGCUGGCAGUGGUGGUCAUCUCCUGUGUACUGGGAGGUGUCCUUCUCAUCCUUGUCCUGGCUUUGCUUAUAUACUGCUGCUGGAGGGGAUGCCCAAAGAGCAAGCCAGACUACAGCAGCAGUCCGUACUCAUCAGGUGAAAUAAACCAGCCCUGGCCCACUGGCAUCACCCCCAUCCCCCGUGCAACCUCCAACUGGGAUGCAGCUCCUUCCAUAGAGAUGACAGAAGGGGGCAACACUUAUGGCUUGGUGGACAAAAAGCAUCAAACCAACGGACUGGGGUUUCAGCUGAAGUGGAAAGGAUGGAAAAAGUCGGGAUCAUAUGAUCUGAACCCAGAGGGAAUGAAGACCUUCAAAGGUAAAAACCCGUCCCGGUACUCCUAUUUGGUUCAAGGCCAUGAGAACCCCUACUUUUUACCAGGUGAUGGGAAGACUGAAUGAAAAACAUCACGGCCAGCGGGGGAAGAAGUCCGUGUAGAAGUGAGGAACGUGGGAUCAAAAAAAAGUCAUUGAUUUGAAAUUCUAUGUGUACAGGCACAUUUCCUGAGCAGGACCAGGUCGGUUUUUGUGCACACGUAAACUUUUAGUACACUUUUAGUAAGGAUCCUACGCACUGUUUUAUAAAUGAGGCCCCAGGUUAUACUUUUUUUUUAACAUGCUUGGAUUAAUGACAAAUCACAAAGGACAUUUCUUAACUGGGAAACAGCCACCAAAGAGAUUAAAUCAUAUGAGCAAGAUCAUUUUAACAAUUUCUUAAAAGUGAGGUUGUAUGCAUCAUUUCUUUUUUUUGGAAAAGGUAAAUGGUGCUGAAUAUAACCAGUAGGUGUUGCUGUUGCUCAAUCUAAAUCUCCUGCUGUAAAGGUACAUUUGUCUUAUUUAUGUUUUAAAUAAUUCUGUAGUCUUUUAAAAUUUAGCUUCUUACAUGAUAAUUGCACUGAAGUGUGUUUACCACCUGUUUUCCUCUGAAAUCAAAGGUAAAUUGAAUGUGGGUGUUCAGGGGCUGAUAGAUAUUUUUGUUAUGGGUAUGAUUAUUCUUUAGAAAAAUAAAUCUUGUAUGAUUAAAGGGGCUGGAUCCCUAGUUCGGGGUAUUUUUUUAGGGCUUUAUAUUGAAGCUAUUUAAAGCUGAGUACUCUAUUUGCUGAAGCUGCACUCGCAAAAUGUGCCUGUUUUAAAGGUCUGUUUGACAAAUAGGAAACAUGCAAAGCUGAUGAUAAAGCCUGUCUCCUGGAUGUGCCAAUUAUCACAUUUCUUUUGAAAACUCUUAGAUAUAUUUAUCCUUGUGUGUCUGAGGCACUGAACUAUUUUGUUUGUGUAAAGGUUUUGUAAAUAGCUGAAGAUCUUUUGGCAGAGAAUGUGUGUAUGUGCGAUGGAAAUAAAUUAAUUUAAACACAA